GUUGUUCUAUACGGAUAUUUUGUGAAACGGUAGACAUGUUUGUUUUGCUUUCUAUAAUUUUUUGCUGUUUCGUUUACCUUAUUUCCGUAAAAUUGUUAUACAACCGAUUUAAAAAGUUAUGGCCAGUCUUACUGAAUAACGUUUCACUUUCUCCGUGUACAAAGAAAGAUUUAAAUGUUCUCUCGACAUAUGAUCGAUACGACUUUAAUUCAAGGAAUUCAGAAAAAGACAAUUUGCACACGCUUAAUGACAAUCGAGUGCUUAUUGUAACUGCACAUCCCGACGACGAAUGCAUGUUUUUUGCACCAACAAUUUUAAAACUGGUUGAAUCAAAUGCAUUGGUUCAUUUACUCUGCCUUUCAUCAGGAAAUUACUACAACCAAGGAGACCAACGUAAGAAGGAACUCGUUGACAGCUGUGCAGUUUUGGGAAUACCAGCCAACCGUGUCACCAUUAUUGAUAACAAAGAGUUGCCAGACGACCCGAAGGCCGACUGGAGCACCGCGCUGAUCUCGGCGCUCAUCCUCACACACAUCCGCGCUCAUGCCAUCCACCUGGUGCUGACAUUCGAUGAGGGAGGAGUGAGUGGACAUGUGAACCACAUCGCCAUCCACAAAGCUUUCAGAUAUCUAGUGUCUGUUGGCAGAAUACCAGAAGACUGCCAGGUCCUCUGCCUUCACACCAUCAGCAUCUUCAGGAAGUACCUGUCAGUCUUAGAACUGCCAAUCAGCUGGUUCCUACCCUCUUCAUUCUACUGCGUGAUAGGGCCAGAGGAAUACAGGAGGGCUAAGGAGGCCAUGCUCCGUCACCGCUCCCAGCUACUGUGGUUCCGUCGCCUGUACCUUCUGUUCUCGCGCUACAUGUUUAUCAACACCUUUCGAGCCAUCACCGUGGAGACCAAGAAUGUGAAAAUCUACUGAUUGGAAACGGUUUGCACUCACUCAGUGUGCCCAGCUUCCGAGAGACUGAACUGAAGGAGAAGCGUCACACUUUUUUCAGUUUCACAGUCGCUUGUGUCACAACCAACCACCUUCCUGCAUUUCACCAUUCCACACUCACUUACUGAAACUCGGGAGCAAAAAUGUAAUCACGUGCGCACAAACACACAGGAUCUGCUACGUGAAAUGGCAUGAAUGGGUGAAGCUAAUUCUUAAUUUCAUUGGAAAAGGUGUUUAAAUAUUCUGUUACUCUAAUUGUUUAAUGCCUGUUUCACACUUCACAAUUCAUACGUGCGUUGGCCUUUCACACUACAUAAUUCAUCACGUCACGACAGUCGAGGGCCUUCUCAUAACUCAACAUGCAAACAAACAAACAAGCUGCGAGUAUCCGCAGAUCAUCAGGAAGCCCGGUGUGCGUUAUGAUGGAGGCAUAAAAGCAUCUCUCUUCCAGUUUCUAAUGUGCUAUGAUCUUAUUUUACUGGCAAGGUAUAGUCUUUACAUACUGUACCUAAAUUGAUUUUUUUAUGUAUAAUCUCUAUAUAUUAUAUGUGCAUUUCUUCUGAAAUCCAUAAAUUGAGGAAUAAAUAAAUACAUUUGAAAGUA